AUGCCGAGGGAUCCGCUGAUUGGUUUGGUUGGGAAGCCGUCCAGUGGAAAAUCGACUACAUUGAAUAGCUUGACAGAUGCUUCUUCGAAAGUCGGUAUAUUUACUACUAUUGAUCCACAACGAGCCAUUGGCUAUCUCCAAAUAGACUGUGCUUGUAAACGGUACGGUGUGGCAGAUAAAUGCAAGCCAAACUACGGUGCUUGUACCGAUGGGAAGCGCUCGGUUCCCAUCGAGCUUCUGGAUGUUGCUGGUCUAGUUCCAGGGGCGCAUCAGGGCCGUGGCUUGGGGAAUAAGUUCUUGGACGAUCUGCGCCAGGCAGACGCGCUAAUCCACGUUGUCGAUGUUAGUGGAACAACGGACGCAGAAGGAAAGUCUACACGAGGAUAUGAUCCUUCUCAAGAUAUUGAGUGGCUGAGGUCAGAGAUCGUGCGGUGGGUGCUGGGAAAUUUGAUGCAGAAAUGGGGCUCUAUCAAGCGCAGACAUAUGGCCAUAAAGGCAACCGCGAUGGAGACGUUACAAAACCAAUUUUCCGGAUAUGGAAGUACACCAUCAACCGUUGCACGAUGUCUGGACCGGUUAGCGUUGAAAGAACCACUCGAAGAAUGGUCAGAUGAGACCGUAGAGCAAGUCGUGCAAGCAUUUAUUGACGAGAAGUUCCCGACGGUAUUCGCCCUAAAUAAAAUUGAUCACCCUGAUGCAGACAAGAACAUCAGUAAGAUCGCCAAGAUGCAGGAUCCUCAGAGAAUCGUCCUCUGUUCCGCCAUAUCUGAAGUUUUUCUUCGAAGACUUGCCAAACAAAACUAUAUCAAAUACACUGAGGGCAGUGAAUUCUUAGAUACAAGGGAAGACCUCAUUGCAGAUGGAGAUCCGGACGGGGGAGGCCUCCGGGAGAUGGACGAAAAGCUGAAAACUCGCGUGGAGAACUUGAAAGAUAUGGUACUUUAUCGCUUUGGCUCUACAGGUGUUGUGCAAUGUCUUUCGCGGGCCGCCGAGGUCUUAGGGCUUGUACCAGUCUUCCCGGUACGAAAUUUACACACCUUUUCCUCUGGGACUGGUACUGCGGCAUUUCGAGAUUGUGUCCUUGUAAAGAAGAAUAGCACUGUGGGUGAUGUUGCGCGUAAGGUCAUGGGCGAUGUACCCAUAUCUUAUAUUGAAGGCGUUGGAGGUGUCCGCGUGUCAGAAGAUGAGAUUGUGGCAGUUGGGAAGCAUGAUGUACUUUCGUUCAAGCCUGGUCGAUAG